UGUUUUCUUGUCAUUAGACUUAUAAACACAUUGCUCUCAUGAGGUGGGUAAUGGUUGCACUCAUUGGAAUUGUGACUGGUACCAUUGCAUUUCUCAUUAACGUUGGCAUACAUUAUCUGAGACUGCUAAAAUAUCAAGGAUUUUUUAGAGUCUAUGAAUUAACGCGAGAUUCUGGUACAAUAUUCCUUGCUCUGUUAGUAAUUGCUGGAUUUAAUGUAUUUUGUUCUAUUUUUGCUGGUAUCCUGGUUGCUAUUGAACCAAUUGCUGCAGGUAGUGGAAUACCUGAAAUAAAGUGUUACCUGAAUGGAAUAAGGAUGCCAAGAGUUGCUAGGAUACGUACGCUAAUGGCAAAAGCUUGUGGUGUAUUGUUUUCUGUGGCAGGAGGGUUUCUUGUUGGUAAGGAGGGUCCUAUGAUUCAUACUGGGGCUAUUGUUGGGGCAGGGAUACCACAAUUGAGGAGUUUUAUAUGGAAAAAGCUCAGGCUACCUUAUCCGUACUUUAGAGAUGACAAAAACAAGAGAGAUUUUGUAUCUUGUGGAGCUGCUGCUGGUGUAGCAGCUGCAUUUGGUGCACCUAUUGGUGGAGUCUUGUUCAGUUUAGAAGAAGGAUCUUCAUUCUGGGAUCAGGGAUUAACCUGGCGCUCUUUGUUCUGUGCUAUGUGUUCCACCAUUACUCUCAAUCUUUUACUUACUGGUACUCCUCUUGUACCUGAGGCUAAAUUUGGUGAGCUUGAUCAACCUGGUCUUAUUAAUUUUGGAAGAUUUUCAAAUGGAGGGAGUGGUGGAAACCUUUGGACCUUUCCCUAUCUGUUUCUUUUUAUUUUGAUUGGUGCCGGAGGUGGUUUGUUAGGAGCAUGGUUUAAUAGUCUGAAUAAAAGAUUGACUAUAUACAGAAUGAAACAUGUGUUCAGGAAAAAUUUCUUUUACAAAAUGCUAGAAGUCAUAUUAAUAGCUAUGGUAACUACAGUUAGCUUCUUUAUUCUUGCUACACUUUUGGGUACUUGUGUUCCAGUCAUCACACGGAGUGAACAACAAUUUGCCAACAGUACCAGGAACUUCUUUUGUCCUACUGGAGUCACUUUUUCAACCAUUAAAUUCAAUGACUAUUUCAAUGACCUAGCUACUCUUAUGUUCAACUCUGAGGAGGAUUCAAUAAAACAGCUAUUCCAUCAAGACGGUGCAUUCACACUACCAACACUAGGCUUAGCUUUCAUUUGUUAUUAUUUUAUUGCUUGCUGGACAUAUGGAGCAGGAUUGCCCAGUGGAUUAUUUGUACCAUGUCUCACCAUUGGAGCCCUCUAUGGUAGAUUUAUCAUCACUGCCAUGCAGACCGCUGGCAUACCAACAGCAAUAGAUCCUGGAACUUUUGCACUGAUAGGAGCUGCCGCUUUCUUAGGGGGUGUUGUCAGAAUGACAGUUAGUCUAACGGUAAUUCUUAUAGAGUCGACAGACGAGAUAGAGUAUGGUUUACCACUUCUGGUGACGCUGAUGGUGGCUAAAUGGGUAGGAGACCUCUUCAAUGAAGGACUCUAUGACAUACACAUUGAAGUGAAGGAGAUACCUCUCUUAGGCUGGGACUCACCUGAAAAAGUGGACAGGCUAACAGCAACUGAUGUUAUGAAUCCUGAUCUCAAGUACAUAUACCCCAUUAGUAAUGUCGGCAACAUUGAACGUCUUCUUACUAAGACUAAACACAAUGCAUUCUUCGUAGUCACUGCUCCUCUUUCAGCCUCAACUGAAGACACCACUAGCUCAAUUGGAGUCUCCAAACAAAGUCCCUUACUUUACAAGAGACAAUCAAUGCACCCGAUACACAGAACCAAAUUAAUGGAACAGAGAAGAAGAAGGAAGGAGGCCUUGAAGAGGAAGGAGUACAAGGAGGCUACUAUCAAUGAUGAUGGAGAGUCCAGUGGUGCUACUCCGUUUUCUUCUGGAGCAGUGGAAGGAUUGCAUGAUAAUGCUAAUAAUGCUUUUACGUUCCUUGGUCUGAUACUCCGGUCACAGUUAGUCAAGCUAAUGCACAAUAGGAUAUUCUUUGAUGAGGAAAACGGAGUUGAGACUCAGCAUUGUAUCAAACACGAAGAGCUAAACGAAGAUUAUCCUCGCUUUAAAAGAAUUGAUGAUAUUGAACUGAAAGAAGAAGACAAACGAAUGCAAAUGGACGUCAGUUUAUACAUGAACCCGUGUCCAUACACCGUAUCAUACCAUGCACCAUUAAGACGUGUCUUUAAUCUGUUUCGUACAAUGGGACUUAGACACUUGCCUGUUAUUGACAACUCUGGAAAAGCUGUUGGAAUGAUUACUAGACAUGAUCUGACACAUGAACAUCUACACAAAGCACUCCAUGCUAAAUCACGCCAUAGCAAUAAUGACAAUGAUAGCAAUGAAAAUGAUGGGAAGCUUGAUGUUGCUGAUACCGGUAUAAGGCUUUAAAGCUGCUUUAAAGAAAUCUCUAUCAAACUUUUCUAUGUAAUAAAUGUUAGAAAAAUAUUUGUCUAGGUUGCGUAGCUAUACGGGCACUGCCAUUAAUGUAUGUAGCAUUAAUAGUUUGCCGUUUUUGUAUAAUUUUUUAUUAUAAUUUAAGACCAUU